UGUGAAGACCCACUUCCUUUAUUUUGGAGUAUUUUGUGAAGAAAAUAUCUGAAAACUGCCGUCAAAAUGGGCCUCAGGAGACCUAAGAGCACAAAAAAUCCACCUUUUCUUAGCCAUGAAUUCAUAAUUCAAAAUCAUGCAGACGCUGUAUCAUGCGUCAUGAUGGUGUUUGUCAUCGGACUGAUGUUUCAGGCAACGGCACCUCUUGCUUCCUUGUUUGUUGCGAUGCAACACAACGUCACAGUCAAUGAUACAGACAGUCAAGAAAUCACUCACUACACAUAUGGCAUCAAGGAUACACUGACGGUGUUCUUCUACUUCAUGAUGUGUAUUGUCGUUCACGCUGUUCUACAGGAAUAUGUCCUUGAUAAACUGAACCGAAAGAUGCACCUCUCCAAGAUCAAACACAGUAAAUUCAACGAGUCGGGUCAGCUAAUGGUCUUCUAUCUAGUGUCGGCGAUUUGGGGAAUAAAUAUCAUUUUAACGGAAAAUCUUGCUUCGAAGAUCAGUAAUUUAUGGGAUGAUUAUCCAGCUGCUCACUCUCAUCUACCAUUUAUUAUCAAGUUCUUCUUCAUCAUACAAAUGGCGUAUUGGCUACACGGCUUCCCCGAGCUUUACUUCAUGAAAAUCAAGAAAGAAGAAAUACCGAUGCGAUGUCAGUAUAUCACUCUAUACUUUGUCUUCAUACUGGCAGCAUAUUGUUUAAAUUUCCACCGCGUGGCAAUAUGCUUGCUGGUUCUACAUUAUACUGUUGAGUUCCUACUGCACAUGUCUAGAUUACUAUACUUCGCAGAGAAGACAGAUUUAGCCAACACAGGCUUCAUGAUUUUUAACGCAUUGUUCGUAUUAAUCCGACUGGCCACAAUUACGAUAGCAAUUCUUACUUUUUGGUAUGGGCUAAAACAGUCGGAACAGGCUAAAAUAAACUUCCAGACUGGAAACUUCAACACACGAGUCGUCAGAAUUGGUUGCCUGGCAGCCCUGUGUUUGAUGCAGGCGUGGAUGAUGUGGCAGUUCAUCACAUUCCAUCUGAGGCGCAUCAAGGAGCACCAGGCACUAAACGCGUCCGCUAACAAAAAGAUUGUUACGCCCAAGAAGUCAAAGGAUAAGAAGAAAGAAAACUGAGGGAAUCUAUGAAUCUAUUGGGCACUAGUAGUUUUAUUAAUGACAAAAAAAGACGAUGACAUCAGCCAUCUUCCUGAGGUCGACCAGGACACUGCCACGGAGAAUGGGAGCCUGCGCAGCCGAGCUGUCGCCAAGAAGAAGAACUAGAGCGCCACCUAUCGGCUGAUUCCAUGUCUAAAUGCUUUAUGAGGUGUCGGUUUAUGAUUGUGGCGAGACUUGAAUAUCCCCACCAACGCAUGGUUCUGAUGGUCACACCGAGUAUACAUGGGUUACACUAAGUAUACAUGGACUAGUCGAAUGCUGUACGAUGGGGGUUAUUCAAGUUAUGGCACAUUUAAAGGUGCAGUGGGUGUGUUUUGUCUCGUUUAGUGUAUAAAUUUGGAAAGUUCCAAAUUUAUCUCAUUAAAAGGUGUGAAAAGAUAGCAAAUUCAUUGAAUCUCCUGAUUUUCACAAAAAUGGUUAAUCGCCGAAAUUACCCUGAAAUAACUAUGGUAUCAGUUUUUUGGUUUAUAGUUCCUGUAAUUUUGUUUAUGCUGCUUUAAUCGCCUUCUGUCACUGUCAGUUAAAUCUUCCGUUUGGUUCAAUUUUUAUUUGAGACAUUUUAGAAACCAAAAAGUACUCAAGAUUUUCCCACCUGGAUAAGCUUACAAAAUUGUCUCGCAACAAAAUUUACACCUGAGACUUUUGAGUGGAUAAUCAUAAAGUCCAUAUUAUACGACACUAAUGAUACACUUUGUUUAUAAAUUUAGUUAAAUAAUUUGAUUUUAUUUGUGAGGUUUCACGUCAGUUCUUUCAUGAUCUACAGGGUGUACCGAAGAGAGGCGACGAGAAUGUGUCCUUCCCAGUCAAAUUUCCAAUGGUUUGAGUUGUGUCUGUGUCUAGAAUCGACAGGUCAAUAUCAUUAUCAGUUUUACCCGCAGAUGGGAUCGUUUUGUGGUCACAGUGACCAAAAUUGCUUGCUUUUGUGACGGUGAACACCAACAAUUUGCAAUAAACAUAACAAACUUUGCUCAUAACACAGGUAAUUGGGACAUUUUCCUUCUCUCUGGGACACCCUGUAUAAUAUGUUGCUUUAAUUCACAUCAGUUGGCUAGUGAUGUAGUUGUGCAUGUAGUCCGCAGUACCUAGAAAUACUGUAAACUGUCUAAUUUUCAAGAGCACUUUGUUUUUGUGGAUAUUGCAGAUAAUCUCGAUUCGCCCCAAAAAAUAGCGAAAAUAUUUUUCGACAAAAAGAGAAAUUUCAUAAUGCGCUAAGUGAAAAUUGUUGAAAUUUUAUUUUUUCAGAAAUUUUCAGAAAUUGCAAAAAUAUAACGAGGUGUUAAAAUUUGGCAGGUUACAGUUAUCGUAGGUCGUAUAAUUACCCAAGAAGACCAUAAAAAAAACAGGAAUUCCUUCGCUUUGUAAAUUAUAAUAAGUGUCAAGAAAAUGUUACCGAGUAAAAAAGAAUACAUAAUGCUUAUCUGAGUUAUGUCCUAAAAAAAGCUUGAUGUCAUGAUGUUUAUGCUUCAUUGUGAAUUCAAUAAUGUUCUCUAUCAAACGGUCAAAGAGCUUCCAUUGGUUUUAGUUUAAGGUUUUCUCAGUUGUGUUCAGCUUAUUCCAAGAACACUCAACAUUUGUUCUUAAACAAUCAUCAAUAUUUUCAAAAUGGAUGCUAAUGAUAAGUUGGUGUAGUAUCCAAGGUCAGCAGUCAACUUAUUGCACAGUGCGCUCACUACUGACUGUACAGUGUGGACAUUGCACUGUACAUUGUGGACAUUGCACUGUACAGUCUGGACAUUGCACUGUACAGUCUGGACAUUGCACUGUACAGUCUGGACAUUGCACUGUACACAGUCUGGACAUUGCACUGUACAGUCUGGACAUUGCACUGUACAGUCUGGACAUUGCACUGCAUUGUGGACAUUGCACUGUACAGACUGGACUGUGUAUACUGUACAGUGUGGACUGUAUACUGUACAGUGUGGACUGUAUAUGAUGUGCAGUGUGCACUAGUGUACAGCGUGUACACUAUACACUGUACAGUAUGAUCUGACAGUACUUGAUUUUCGAUAAGUAUAUAGAUGUUUAUGUUGCAUGCAUUAGAUAUAGAGGUCAACCCAAUAUAUGUAAAUGUUAUAUCUCAAUUACCCCUCAUCAAAGUUCCUUGAAAUAUUUACGCUUCAUCGUUUCAGUUCCAGGCUCGUUGUAGUUUCUUGUCGAGUCUUAUGUGAUCGUCUUUUGUAUGGCAAAUGGGUUAAUGAUGUGUCAGUUGUUUGUGGUUAAUUUGCCUUGAUGGAAAAGUGUACUUGAUUUAGCAAUCUGGCUGUCUUAUCGACUUGUAUUGCCGUUGGAAAUUCUGUCAACAAAUCAAAAAUGCUUCUUGUUUCUCAAAGGGGGGGGGGGGGGUUAAAAAUGGCCAUAGUGGGAAAAUUGUAGUUUUUCUGUUGCAAAUCUGAGAUAGUACUGCUUGUCUCGAACACAAACUUGGCAUCAUUCAGGAAAAUGGCUGUAGUUUGGGUCUGGGAGAUUGUAUCUCAAUGCUACAAGUGCCAUUUUGAAGAGAAUUAAACUCGAUAUCUAGCGAUGACCUUUGUUUUUCAAUGUGAUGUCCUGUGUUAGAGCUGGCGAAAAUUGGCACUUCCCUCCAAAAGUGACUUGCCCAGUACACUAAUCGAGUUUCUCACAAGAUUGGCCACUUGUAAUGGCCGAUGAUUUUUGGGGACAUCCUGUACAUGUACAUCUCCAGCUAAUGUCUAAAUUCAGUCCAAAGAAACCUUCAUGUGCCUACUUAAUUUGAGUAAAUGCUGAUAGUCUUCCUGGAGAUAUUGUGUGUGGAUCUUUCAUGUUGACAAAGACCGACGUCAAUGAAAAAAUAGCUUUUAAGCAUCUCCACCACAGGACAUAAGGAUUUUGUUUAGGCCAAAAUCACUGUAAACUUACAAAGGUUGAAGUAUCUCCCCUUUUGCCCGUGUAGCCUCAAAACUCAUAUUUUUGGGGGGAAAUGAGAUUUUCUCUUGGUCUGACCUUGUCUGUACAGCUUUGUCGUCUAUCUACAGCUUUCAAUCUUCUUUCAAUCAUUUGGAAAUAAAUAACUUCAUAUUAUGUUCAA